CCCAGAAAAUAAAGGAGUUUGUUGCAUAGAGAUGAACUGAAAACCUCAUGCUCCUUUUCUCCCUCUCUGCCUCCUGUCUGCAUAGGAGGCAUUUUAAUGGCAUAAUCUUUCAGCAGGGCUGACCUGGGGAUUUGCUUAGUUUUGCUGAAGCUGGGACUAGCAGGAGAGACAAAAACCUGUGCAGGUGAAUCUGGCCUCCCCCAGCAGCUGCCACCAUGGACUGGAAGACACUUCAAGCCCUGCUAAGUGGGGUGAACAAGUACUCCACAGCCUUUGGGCGCAUCUGGCUCUCCAUCGUCUUCGUCUUCCGGGUGCUGGUCUACGUGGUGGCUGCAGAGCGUGUGUGGGGGGAUGAGCAGAAGGACUUUGACUGCAACACCAAGCAGCCUGGCUGCACCAACGUCUGCUAUGACCACUACUUCCCCAUCUCCCACAUCCGCCUCUGGGCCCUGCAGCUCAUCUUUGUCACCUGCCCCUCUUUGCUGGUCAUCAUGCAUGUGGCCUAUCGGGAAGACCGGGAGAGGAAGAACCGGGAGAAGAAUGGGGAAAACUGCCCCAAGCUCUACAGCAACACGGGCAAGAAGCAUGGCGGGCUGUGGUGGACCUACAUACUGAGCCUCUUCUUCAAGCUGACCAUCGAGAUCGUCUUCCUCUACCUGCUCCACUGGAUGUGGGACAGCUUUGACCUGCCACGCCUGGUCAAGUGCAGCAACGUAGACCCCUGCCCCAACAUCGUGGACUGCUACAUUGCACGGCCCACAGAGAAAAAGGUCUUCACCUACUUCAUGGUCGGGGCUUCCUCCCUCUGCAUCGUCCUCACGGUCUGCGAGAUCUUCUACCUCAUCUUCAAGAGGGUGGUCCGCCGCAUGCGCAACUGGGGGAAGACUUCCAGCAAGCCCUCGGUCACCUACAGUAAAGCUUCCACCUGCCGGUGUCACAUCAAGCUGGAGCAGCAGGACAGCAGAGUCAAGAACAAGCACUUGGAUGCCCUCAGGGCCUCUGCUCCCAACCUGACCUUGAUCUGACACAGCAUCAAGGUGGAAACAGGGGGAAACUUCCCUGACAUUACCAGAGACAAGACAGCUGCCAGAAUUACCAGACUAUUUCGCUGGGACCUCAACAGCUAUGGAAAGGUAAAGGAGAGGAGGCGAGUCUCGGGCCAGGGGGCAGGAACCCGCUUUGUUUCGUGUUGUCGACUGAGCUUCUUUCAUGGAGAUGGUUCACAAGUGGUGUGCUGCUGCCCUUUUGUGGAGAUAAGGCCCUCGCGGUGUGGGGUCCUCUUUCCACACGUGGCACGGGUGUUCCCAGGCAGCUGGGCGAGGGCCAUGUGAAUCCAAGGGUCUCUGCUUCUCUUCCUUUACAAGAUAUUAAGAACCUGAGCUAUGCUACAGGUCGAAGCUUCUCCUCUUCAAAAUGCUCAGACAUGCCAGAGAUGAGGGAAGGGCAUGCCUUUCAGUCUUGGGUAGGUCACCAGUGUAAAGUGUGUACUGUUAACAUCUGUCUCAUGUUCUCUACAGUCGCCGACAGAUUUGCAGCCAUCGCUCCUCAAACCCUGGCUGCGUCACACAAGAGGGAGAUAAGCACAGGCUCAGCUGUUUAAUGAAUGGUUAAUGAAGUAGGGAGUUGAUGGAAGGGGCCUUAUUUUGGUACUGAAGAAGUAAAAGGAUCCAAGCCUUGCUGAACCAACAUUUUAUCAUAGACAGAGUCCAAGAGAUGCCCAGAUAGCAAGUCACAGGGAGGAUGUGAUCUCGGUGUGCCCUGUUACACUUUUGAAUAGUUUGCAGGAACUUCCAGCUCUCUCCAAAAGCCCCCACACUGGAGAGCAAAGAUGCCAGGCACAUCCCCUGCCACCUCCGAGAUGCAGGGAAGGCAAUAAGCUCUGCCUAGUAAAUGUAUUCAUUAAGAGGGCUUAGCCUAACCUUGCUUUAAUGUACUAUUUACUGGUGGAGAAAGAAGCAGUGCCCCAUGGCCCAGCUUCUCCUUCAUAGCCUGCCUGGUCAGAGACAUGCGGUUCCACAAGGGAAAGACUUUUGCAUAUUUUCCAAGCAACAGCGAGCCCAAAAGCAGUGACACAGCCCUGUCACACUGGAAGAUUAGGAACCAAAAUCCCAGCCCUGUCAUUCCCCAGCAGUUGAGGUCCUGGCCUGAGUUUUCUUUUUAAGGCUCUGUUGUGUCUUAAAGUUCAAGCUUUGGCCUGUACUUGCUUCUCGCUGGCCCUGUGCGCAUCUGAGACAAAAUUAAAUGAGUUCUCCCCUUGCAGAUGGCUGAGGGACUCUGAAUGGAAGGUCAAAGGGGUCAAAGCCAUCUCUGGAAACAGGUGUCCAUCAAAUCACCCUUGGAGCGGACCUGCCCCUGGGAGAUGGCUAUGAAUCGGUCACGACUGGCAGUAUAUUCCCCGCCGUGGGUUGUUGUACAGCAGACUGGGAUGCAACGAGCCCAUAAGCUCUGAAGAGUUAGGUUUUUUUAAAGUGCUUUUUAAAAAAAAUGUGCUCCUGACUAAAAUAAAGUACUGAGCAGGUGCGCUUCAGUAAAGAUAAAAAAAUACCUUCAGCGCAGAGGCUGCAAAAUCGGUGGACUGGACCUGUGUUUGCUGUUUGGGCAAGCAGAUCUGGGGUCAUGCACGCAAAGGGCAAAGCUGCCUCCUUAGCCCUGCAAAACAACCCACAAGCCAUCCCAAGUGAACCAGAGACCCCCCCCCCCGGUGUGGACAAAUGAAGAGCGGCAGGAGAGGGUGAGGACUCACACCUUGAUUCAGUACAGGCACAGGUGGGUGGGGAGAAGCAGGUGUCAAACCACAACGCCGAGACCACCAAACCCGCGCCAGGUGUUCUGCACAUCUGCGCUUCUCGCUCCCACCAGAUGAGACCCACCGCAAACCCCUUGACGGCCACACCACCGCAUUGUGCAUUUCCCAGGAUGGCCACGUGUCCAGCUCCCUGCUGUGCUGGGGAUACGUGCCUGGCUCCCAGGCAUUUUCCUUGUGUACUCAACUGCGUAAUGAAGAGGCCAAAUAAACAUUGCAUGGUUUGUACAUA